AUGGGAGCAGGACAAACGAAGGAAAUUAUGGGUGGAUAUAGAAUUCUUAGGAUAUCAGAAAAUAGCCCCUGUUCCAAUAUUGGCCUCGAAAUAUUUUUUGAUUACAUAAUUCAAAUAGACGAUUUGAAAUUAUUAGAUUCUUCUAAAGGUACCUAUGAACAUUUUAUUGAAAAGAUAAAACUUCAUGAGAAUAAAGAAUUAACUUUAGAUGUUUAUAAUUGUAGAUAUGAUAAAAUAAAGAAGGUUAAAGUAAUUCCAAAAAAGUGGGAAGGGAAUGGAUUAUUAGGUAUUCAUAUAAGUUAUGAAUUAUUAAACGCUUUAAAUGAGGGUGUAAGAAUAUUAGAAAUAUUAGAAAAUUCUCCUGCAUAUGAAAGUAAAUUAAUAGAAUACGAAGAUUUUAUUAUUGGAUAUGAUAAAGGUAUUUUUAGAAAUCAAGAUGAAUUUAUGAGUUAUAUUAAUAUGAAUAAUAUUAUAAAAGAUAAUUCGGAAGAUAAACAAGUCCUAUUUAAAACUUAUUUAUAUAUUUAUAAUUAUAAACAUGAAAAUAUAAGAAAAGUACUAAUUCAACUUAAUCAUUCUUGGGGUGGAAAAGGAUUACUUGGUUGUAAUGUAGCUACAGGUUAUUUACAUAAAAUUCCACUUUGUCAAAUUAAAGAUAAAGAAGUAAAGGAAAAUAUAAAAUUAAACGAGUCAUUCUCAUCAUCUCAUAUUAAGAAUAAUGAAAGUGAUGCAUGUAGCAAUAAUAAAAAGGAACAUUUGAAUAAUACAAAUGUAAACGAUUUAGAAGUUGUUUUAUUAAGUGAUAGUGUUGAAAAAAAUAUAAAUGAUAUAAAUGAUAUAAAAAAUAUAAAUGAUAUAAAUAAUAUAAAUGAUAUAAAAAAUAUAAAUGAUAUAAAAAAUAUAAAUGAUAUAAAUAAUAUAAAUGAAAUAAAUAAUAUAAAUGAAAUAAAUAAUAAUCAAUCAAAUGAAAAGGAUUCAUCACAUAUAAUUCCUUUAUGGAAAAAUGAAUCUGAAAAAUCAAGAAGUGAAGAAAAAAAUUAUAUUAAUUCACAAUAUGUACAACUAAAACAUGAUAAUAAUAUAAAUGAUAUAAAAAAUGAUAGCAAUAGUAAUAGUAAUUGCAGUAAUCGUAGUAGUAAAACACUUGAAGUAGAUAUGGAUAAUAAUCAAGAAACCAUUAAUUAUGAUGAUAAAUUUUCUUAUGAACUAAAAUCAACAUUAGAUGAUCAACCAGAAGAAGAUAUACAUGAAAUAAAAAAAAAAAAGUUCAAAAAUCAACAGACUAUAUUGGAAGAUAUAAAACGAGAAGAAUUAAAUAAUAGUCAUGAAAUAAUAAAUGAAAUAGAUACUUAUAAUUUUAAAAAUGAAGAUAUUAAAGAUGAAAUCCAUAAGACAAAAGUUGAACCAAUCGCCACAGAUAAUGAUAAAACUAGUAAACUUAUAGAUAGCUAUUCUGAUUAUGUAAAGAAAAUGACAAUAUAUAGUAAAGAAAUGAAUGAAAUAUAUGAAAGCAUGAACAAAAACACUGAAAUUUUAAAUAGUAUUAAAAUGAAUGCAACAUUUAAUUAUGUAAAUGACAAUAAUAAUAAUAAUAAUAUAUUAAAUCUAGAUAAUCGUAUUCAUAAUGGUGAAUAUAAAAAUGCAGAUUCCAAAGAAAUACCUAUUCUUAUAAAUCCAUAUGAAAAUACAACAAUUUUAAAUAAUUAUAAAAUGGACAAUAUAACAACAGGAACUCAUAUUAAUAAUAAAAAUGAUGAUAUUUAUUUAAAUGAAAAUGUUCAACAUAUUCAUGAACCCUCAUUUAAUUAUAUUCAAAAUAUAAGAAAGAACAUAUAG